UGAAGAUAUUUGAGCUUAACUCGUACGUUUGAUGUGAAAUUCAAUGUUUUUCUUAUUUCCUUAUUUUCAGAAUCGGUUGGUUGAUUCUGCUAAUGAAAGAAACUUUAACAUUAUUUGAUCAUUGAUACUCAUAAAUAUCCUUCCUUGCGUUUUCAAUUUGUCUUCAGAAGAACAUCAUUUAGUCUUUUACAUAUCCUUUUCGUUUUUUUUUUCAUUUUAUCUGAUGUAUCUGAAUGUUGAGGACCUGAGAAACUGGGUAACACGUGAUUCCCAAAAUAAGAGGUGAUAUGGUCUUUAUAUUCCCUGAUAUGUCUGUUGUUCAUGUUGCCUAUUUCUUGCCUUGCAAAGCUUAUAUGUAGUACCUCAAAUAGCACUGGAUUGUAACACUUUUGGGAUCACGACAUGUUUUUCUGCAAGAGGUUUUGCCAACCCCAACCUGCAGCAAAUAAUAUUGCAUGGGUUGGUUUACUAAGUUGCUUAAGGGAUCCAAUCGUAAAUCCUCAGGAGGAAGAUAUCAUGGGAAAUAUGAAGAUGACAGAAUAACGGACAAUCUUGAUUGUUCAGCGGAUGAUUUGACGGAUAUUGAGAAAGAAGAAAUUGGUCGGGCAAUAGCACUCUCUCUUUCAGAGGCAGAUAAGAAAGGGAAAAAAGUUAUUGAGGACGACUCUGAAUCUGAAGAUGAUGAACUGUGUCCACUUAGCGACGAGGAAGCUGAAUCUGUUGGUGAAGUUCAGCAAGAUGAAGAUGACCAUCAUGCUACAAUUCAACAGGAUGAAGACAAACAUCUUGAUGAAGUUCAACUUGAGGAAGAUGAACAACUUGCCAGGGCAAUUCAAGAAAGUUUGAGCAUUAGUUCUCCUCCUCGAUCUGAGACUGAUUCUUUAUUUCAACCUUUAGCACACUUAUUUCCACCUGUAUACAGAAUUUGUGCUGGCUGUAAUGCUGAGAUUAGCCAUGGAAGAUUUUUGAGUUGCAUGGGAGGUUAUUGGCAUCCGGAAUGCUUUUGUUGCCAUGCUUGCAAACUUCCAAUCACUGAUUAUGAGUUUUCUAUGUCUGGAAAUCGUCGUUAUCAUAAAUCCUGCUAUAAGGAGUUGCGUCAUCCAAGAUGUGAUGUUUGCAAGAACUUUAUUCCACCAAAUUCAGCUGGUCUCAUUGAGUAUAGAGCACAUCCUUUCUGGCUACAAAAAUAUUGUCCAUCGCAUGAGCGUGAUGGUACUCCUCGCUGUUGUAGCUGUCAAAGAUUGGAGUCAGUGGAUACCAAAUAUCUGUUGCUUGACGAUGGUCGAAAGCUGUGCCUGGAGUGUCUUGACUCAGCUAUCAUGGAUACUCAUGAAUGCCAACCUCUCUAUGUCGAAAUACAAGAGUUUUAUGAGGGUUUACAUAUGAAGAUGGAGCAGCAAGUUCUGAUGCUUUUGGUUGAGAGACAAGCACUGAACGAGGCUAUGGAGGGAGAGAAGAAUGGUCAUCAUCACUUACCUGAAACCAGAGGACUUUGCUUGUCCGAAGAGCAAAAUGUUCCCACUAUUUUAAGGAGACCAAGGAUAGGAGCAGGAUACCAGCUCAUAGAUAUGAUAACUGAGCCUUUUAGGCUGGUCCGUCGUUGUGAAGUGACAGCCAUACUUGUUUUGUAUGGCCUUCCUAGGUAUCCUUCUGAUAUCAUCUAUUUUCAAAAUCUAUAG